AUGGUAGCUGCCGAUCCAUGGGUGAAGGAGGACGCUCUCAAAGUCAUCAUUGUCGGCGGCUCAGUAGCGGGGUUGACGCUUGCUCACUGCUUGUACCGCGCUGGCAUUGACUACGUCGUGCUUGAAGCCCGAGAAGACAUCGCUCCGAAGCAGGGUGCGUCGAUCGGCAUAUUCGCGAACGGGGCUCGCAUUCUCGACCAGCUGGGCAUUUACGGCGAGAUCGAAGAAUGGACCGACCCGCCAGUAUGGCAUGAGGUGGUCACCGGCAAGGGAGAUGUAGUAUCGAAGCUCGAUCCUCUGGCACUGAUUCAGACACGGCUAGGAUAUCCCAUCAAUUUUCUGGAGCGCCAGCAGGCUUUCAAAAGCCUUUACACUCAGCUGCCUGACCGUAGUAAGGUCCUCACAGGGAAGAAAGUCACAUCGGUGGUACAGCAGGCUGAAGGUAUCAUUGUUAGCUGUACGGAUGGCUCCCAGUUUGUUGGAGAUGUCGUCGCUGGUGCAGAUGGCGUACACAGUAGAGUCCGCCAGGAAAUGUGGCGGCAUGUCGAAAUGGAUGGGCUAGCCAAAUCCCUGGCGAAAGACAAGAAAGCGAUGUCGGCGGAGUACAGAUGCCUUUACGGCAUGUCCUCUGGCGUGCCUGGGUUGGAAGAGAAACACCACUAUCGAGCCGUCAACAAAGACUGGUCCUUUCUCACUGUGGUUGGCAAAAGCGACUGCUGCUACUGGUUUGUCUUCGAGAAACUGGAUCGUAUAUACCACACACCAAAUAUUCCGCGAUAUGUCGAAGCCGACCAACUCGAGUUCAUAAAACCAUUCUUGGAUAGAUACGUCUCACACGACGUCCAAUUCCAAGCUUUGUGGGAAAGAAGAACUGCAGCGACGUUGGCCUCCCUGGAAGAGGCUCAGUUCAGUCGAUGGACACAUGGCCGGAUCGUUUGUCUAGGAGACUCGAUACAUAAAAUGACGCCAAGCAUUGGCCAGGGAGGUAAUUUUGCCAUAGAAAGCGCUGCAGCACUCACGAAUCGAUUAUACGCAUUGGCUCAGAGUCAUCGCCGAAGUCGUCCUGGCUUCAAAGAGGUUGAAUCUACCCUUGCAGAUUACCAAGAUCGUCGACAUCAGCGGGCACAGGAGGUCUACGAUGCUGCUGCCAUUACUACUCGACUGGAAACACUCAAGACACCUUGGCACCGGUUUAUGCAGAUGCAAGUCGUGCCGCGUAUGGGCGACAUGUUAGUGGAUGUACAUUGUCAAGUUCUCAUCCAGGCACCCCAGUUGGACUUCCUACCUGUGCCUCCCAGAUCCGUGCGCGGAACGAUGCCUUUUCAGACACCCGAAACUGCUCUACAGAAAGAAAGUAUGCUGUGGCGUGUGUUCCGUGCGGCUCCACUCCUCGGCCUUUGCACCGUUGCCGGCCUCGCACCUGGUCCGUCAAUGUCUGCGCCACAAUAUUUGCAAGACUUCGGAUUUCUUGGUGCCCUGAUAUCUCUUCAAGUCAUCGGCAUCAUUGAAUGCAUCCGCCGGGGCAACUAUUUUACUAUUUCCACGCUAUGGCCUUUUUUCUUGACCUUUGCGUUGUGGAAAGACUCGCUGGCCUCCAUGAUCCCGAUCUUCCAUUUCUUGCACUACGUCCAGUCACCGCUCCGCAAUUACGCUGCUGCUGACAAUCGUCUCACUGUCGUGGGCUACGCGAAAACUAUCGUUGUCUCGAUCAUCUUCGGAUUCUUAGUCCCAACAAUACUUUACGCCGCCCGUUUAGGAUCAUGCUCCCCUUGGCCCCUUAUGGAUGAAAUCAGCCAUCAAGCACUGUCGCUGUACACCCUGUUCUGGCAGCUGUCUCCACUGUGGGUCAUGCUAACACAGCGGAUACUAGUAUUGACUACCGUCGUCGACACCACCGCUCGUGACCGCAUUCAAAGCCCCCGUGCGGAUCUGUCCUACUUGCGCUGGGCAUAUGGCUUUGCUGCGGCAGCCAGCGGUAUACCUCACUUGUACGAAUGGGCACAUGCGCCCAGGCCAAUAACCGGGUACAUGUCGUCCUUGGUGGGAAAUCGGGUCACUGGAGCUGCAGCCACACUGCAAGUCCUAUUCUCGCAGUUUGACCAGACGCUGCUAUCACCCUACCAUCUUGGACGAAUGGUCUUGUCCAUCAGUGGCUUGAUCUGGGUGCUGCUGCAUGUUCGGGACCUCAAAAGAGCGAAGAGAACACAGACGAGUUGGCUUCGGAUCCUAGCUGUAGGAAGCAUAACUACGCUUUUGGGAGGAUCAGGGACGGCGAUGGUUGUGGGUUGGGCUUGGAGGGAGGAGAUCCUUGCUGCGGCUGGGAGUCAGGGGGACUUGAAGGAGUGA